AUGGAAAUACAAGAUAUUUUAAAUCCUGAGUUUAAUAUUCAAGCCCACAUCGCAUUGUAAAAGAUGAUUUUGCUUGGUGAUGGAGUUAAGCUCACAUCACUUGAUGGUUAAAGAAUAUAUGUUGUAUACUUUAUACUUAAUUCACUUGAUGCUCUUGAUAAGAUUGAUGUAGUAUUAACUCUUGAAUAAAAGCAAAAAAUUAUCACUUGGAUAUACCGUUAACAAAUUAUUAAAAGGACAAAACAAACAAAUACUUUAAUAGGAGGAUUUAGAGGAAGUGAAUGCUUUGGAUACCAUACAGAAUAUUUGAAUGAGAAGGCUGAAGAAAAGGAAGUAGAAGAAUAAGAAAUCUAUCAAGAUAUACAGACAAUCGUUUUCACCUAAUGUGCACUUUCUUGUCUUAAAAUAUUAGGAGAUAAUCUUCAUCUUGUAAGUCGCCCACAUAUUCUUGCCACUCUAAAACGUUUAUAGAAUUCGAAUGGUUAAAUGAGAUCAUGUGAUGAUUCUUAGGAAAGUGACUUAAGGUACACAUAUUCUUCACUAGUUGUUUCUUAAUUGCUUUAAGAUUUUACUUGGUGCAACAAAGAAUAAAUGACUUAAUAUAUUCUUUCAUGCUAUAACCAUGAGCAAGGUGGAUUUGGAUUGAACCCAAAUAUGGAAAGUCAUGGUGGUUCCACAUUUUGUGCUAUAGCUGCAUUAAGUAUUUUAAAUAAGCUGCAGUUAAUUCCAAAUAAAACUAAAUUAAUCCAUUGGUUAGUAUCUAGAUAAUAGUUAUUAAGGGAAAGUAAAGCUUCAUUGGAAGAAGCAUAAUAAAUUUAAGUUGAAAUUAUAUCAGAAGCAGAGUAUAACGAAUAAAAGAAAUUGCAAGAAUAGAAUUAAAAAAUACAAAAUGAUAAAUAGCAAGAAAUGAUAAACGAAAAUGAAGAAGAAUGCUAAUAAUCUAAUAAAUAAAAUUAAUAGAUCCUAGAUAUUGUGGGUUUUCAAGGUAGAGUUUGUAAAUUCCCUGAUAGUUGUUAUACCAUAUGGAUAGGAGCCAGUCUUUAAAUAUUAGGCUAUAAGCAAUUUAUAGCUUCUUAAAAUAUUCUAAGAUUCUUAAAAUUAUGUGAAAAUGGAAAAGGAGGAUUUAAGAAAUCUCCCUUAGAAUUAGAAUUUUGUCCAGUCCACACCCACUUUAGCAUUCUUGGAUUAGUUUUGCUAAACAAAUUUUAAUGUCAAGGAGAAAUAAAUUUCUCAUUACUUAUUAGAAACAUCAGAUUAAAUUGA